AUGAAGCUCUCUAACAAUGCUCUCUUGGCAUUAGCCGCUCUGAAAUCAGUGCAUGCUGCUUCAAACAGCACUUCCGCAGUCACUACAUCCAGCUCCAUCUCAAAGUCCGCUUCUUCUUCUAGUAGUUCUACAUCUACUUCUGCCAGCUCUAGCUCAUCGGCUUCCUACAGCGAAUACGCGAUGACAGAGGAAGAAAUCACCGAAAUGCUCGAUGAAACAAAUUACUAUAGAUCACUACAUGAGGACACAAACAAUGUCACAUGGUCCGAUACAUUGGCUCUCUACGCUGAAAAAUACGCGUCAGAAUAUACCUGUAGUGGUAGCCUAACUCACUCCGGUGGUGAAUACGGUGAAAAUCUUGCUAUCGGUUACAGUGUCACAGGUGCCGUGGAUGCUUGGUACAAUGAAAUUUCAAAAUAUGACUUCUGUGAUCCGGGUUAUUCCUCCUCUACUGGUCAUUUCACUCAAUUAGUCUGGAGAGACACUACAGAAAUCGGUUGUGCUAUAGUAUACUGUGGUUCUUACUAUGGGAACUACAUUGUCUGUGAAUAUAACCCAGCAGGAAACUACAUUGGUGAAUUUGCUGAAGAAGUAGGUAAUUUGAAGGAUUCCACUUUAACUUGUUCAAGUUCUUCUUCUUCCGCUUCUUCUACUUCUACCACCUCUUCUUCUAUCUCCACCGCUACUUCCACCACCUCUUCUGAUGCCUCCGCUGUCGAUGCUGACUCCAAAUCUACCACUUCAGUAGUUAGCAACGCCUCUACCACCUACACCACAACUGUACCAGUUUCUUCUACAUCUUCUGGUGCUUCCGCCACCGAUGCUGACUCCAAGUCCACCACUUUAGUAAUCAGCAACGCUUCUACCACUUACACCACCACUGUACCAGUUUCUUCUGGCGAUGUCGAUGCCGAUGCCACUGAAAAAUCUACCACUUCAGUAGUCAGUAACGAAUCUACUACUUAUACUACUGUCGUUAAGGUUGAUACUGAAACUACUACGUACUGUCCAGAAUCCGAAACUUCUACUGCAGAUGCCACUGAAAAAUCUACCACUUCAGUAGUCAGUAACGAAUCUACUACUUAUACUACUGUCGUUAAGGUUGAUACUGAAACUACUACAUACUGUCCAGAAUCCGAAACUUCUGUUGCUGGUGCAACUGAGACAACUACCGUCACUGACAAUAAGACCUACACCACCACUGUAUGCGACGCAACUUCUACUUACGUCAGUGAUGAUAUUACCUACACAACUGUUUACUCUACUACCACCGUUGUUGAAUGUACCGAGUGUGCUGAAGCUGCUACUACUUCCAAGAGCACUAUUGUUACUUCUCCAGCUGGUACUGCUGCCACCACAACAGCUGCUUCCAACACCGAGGCUCCUGCUGAAGCUCCUGCUGAGGCUGCUACAACUACUGAGGCUCCUGCUGCUCAAGCCACGUCUGUUGACCAGACUUCUACUAUUACUGAAGUUGAAACCGCUACUACAGUCACUAAGGUUUUAACUUUAUCAUCAUCUUCUUCUACCAACACUGUGCAAGCUUACGAGGGAUCAGCUGCUGUAAUUGAAAUGAGUAGCUCAUUCUUUGCUUUGUUGGUUAUCCCAUUUUUAUUAUAA